GCCUUCGAUUCUGUACUUUGUUAUUUGUGACAAUCAUAAUGGGAUAUAGUUAACCAGUGUUAAAUUUUGUUCCUGCGUGACUCAAUUUGAAAUGGAAUGAUUUUGGCUUUAAUCAAUCACUUAUGUUUCAGACUGAGUUUUUACCUCUUUAUUACUAAAAGUGUUUUUUGUAACAGAAUUGCAACCAUCAGCUCCAAGUUUAAGAAAAAAAACAUUGAUUCUCACGAUCAUGCAGAAAUGUUUCAUAAUGCCGUUUUAUUCAAUCACAGCUACCCAGUUGUGUUUGUCAUGCAUUAGUGCUGAGAGUUCCUCAAAUGUACACAGCACCAUCAUACUCCAUUUUACAAUACUUAACAUUUCAUAUAAUAUUUAACACUUACACAAAGACAUGUAGUCAAAUGUAAAGUGCUUUUAUUUUCCCAACAACAUACCAAUGUUCUUCAUUCCACUGAACUAUCCACACAAAACUAAUCCAAUUUAAAUAAGUCAGGAAACCACAGUGAUAUCAGUUGAGGGACGUAAAUAACUUUUUAACCUUGUCAGUCUUUGCCCUACUACUGCAAAAAAAGUCAAUUCUAACAAGAACAAUGAGAAAAGGUAGGAAAUUGUCAUAUGCCAUCCGCAAAACUAUUUAAACAAAUUUCAAAAGUGUUAAUAAUUUCAAAAACAAUUUUAAUAAGAAAAAGUGGUCUUAUGUAUUGAAGGCAUUCUUCGUUCUGCCCUUCAGGGAACCACUGGUAGGAGUCUUAGGGUAUUUACUCAGCUCGGGAAGUCGGCGGGUUAAACAGACGAUCUGAAGAGAUCAUGUUGGAGGCACCAUGAGGAUUCAGCUUUUGUCAUAAUCCAGCAUCAUGUACAUUAAAACUGACACAUGACCCCAGUUACAUUUGGGCAAAGGCUGUUGAGUAGUCAUUGACAGUGAGUUUUUCGAUAGCACACAGCAGCUGAGUGUCGGUGUCAGGUUGUUUGUUUCCCUCGGUCUAUGCUGUGGCUGACAUUGGCAUCGAUCACUGAUAUAACCUGUUUCUACACCAUGAGGUGGCGUUUCCAGUUCUCGGCAGGGAAUGACAGCAUUCAGCCUGUGAUCUGAGAGAUGAUGAAAUCAACAGUAACCUGGUUCACAAAUGCAGAGGCAUUACACAUAUUGCAUGCAUCUACAUGGGUGACAUUGCAGAAAUGUUACAGCACUGAAAGGACCAGAUCAAUGGAAAUACUCAAUGUGGCACUUGAUAUUUUUUUUAAAUACUGAAACACUGCGAAAUAGUGAAGAUCACAAUUGCAUGACAUUUAUACACAAGACAGUGCCCACCUUUGGCUUAGUGUUUGUUUCAUAAGGGUCGUAGGGAAGGGCUCUGCCAUUCCAUGUCCCAAAAUGGUUGGUCCAAACAUCCUGGACAAAUUGUUCUGUUCUGGUCCAUUUGACACAAGGGGCUCUGCCGGACCCUACAGUGGGCAGUAAGGCAGUGUGCAAUAAACUUAUUAAGAAGACAUUAACCUCUUAUUGAAUAUAAACUUCCUGUUUACUCUUGCAAUAACCUGCAUCUGAGUGGUCCAAUUUUGCUCAAUUUCCUGACAAGUUAUAGAAUUCGUCAUUUAUGGAACUGUAAGUUGAGGAAAUAGUACCCUCUCAGGGGAAAAAAAAAAUAAUCACUCUAAAGACAGAGAGGUAUCCCAUCACCCUUAGGUGUUACCUCUGCAGAUACAGCAUGAGGAAAGCCAGUGUGUCUCUGCUAGGCUUUGGCAGAUCUGCUAUGGCCUGGUAAAUGAUUGCUGCGCUGUUGUCGUCAUUUGUAAUCUCUGUAAGCGAUACACAGCCCAUCAGUGAGGCCCUUAGGACAAAGAACAGCAGAAAAAAAUGCUGAGAGACAUACAAUAACGUUAUACCUCAAAAUCUACACUCCCUCUGGCAAUUAUAAUCUCUUCGUUGAUUCACUCACUACAUUAUGACUCAGAAGGCCUCUAGAGAUACAUUAUAGUUCUUUGUAGCAUUAGUCGUUUUGUGGAUGGCAUAUGCCCUGGGCUCCUUCAGACAUCUCUAUGCAAUUUACAAAAGGGUUGGUGUUAUGUCCUAAAGUCAAUUGGCUUUGAGGCAGAGAGCGAGAGAGACUGAUUUAAAUGGGCUCAUUCCCAGCAUGCCACAAAUGACCACUUACUCUUCACUCAAGACCAUAUAUAAGAUUGAAAUUAAUAUGCUGGAAGUAGACAAACUGGGCUGAGAGAAAUAUUGAGUGUUGAUUGUUUUAGUCAUCAGGGAGUUUUACAGUCAUCAGGGAGUCAUAUUACAACAAGGAAAUAACCAUCUGCCCUGAAUGGAUGAGGUUAAGUGUAAACAUUCUUCAACACUUCAUACCUAAAGGUUUGCGAGGCGAUUUUGAGAUGUUCAUUAAAAAUCCAUCCAUGAGCGUUACUGCCAAAUGCACUGCAUCAAUCAUUAUAUUCAUGUAGAUGACGUAGUUCAGAUACUUUAGUGUGGCUUCAAACCAGAGGCCAAAUCACUUUGCGUGCAACACUCAGAAAUCGUGCUUCACACGCUCAGGGGGGAAUCCUAACUUCCACUCAACUCAAAAUUUUCACUUAGUCUCCCAAUAACACCCAAAUGCAUGACUAGAAUGUGAAAAUUCUACCUUCAAACAAAGUGCCUCUUUGCUUGACAUCAUGGGAAAAUCAAAAGAAAUUGUAGACCUCCACAUGUCUGGUUAAUUCUUGGGAGCAAUUUCCAAUUUCUGUACAAACAAUAGUACGCAAGUAUAAACACCAUAGGACCACGCAGCCGUCAUACCGCUCAGGAAGAAGACGCGUUCUGUAUCCUAGAGAUGAACGUACUUUGGUGCGAAAAGUGCAAAUCAGUCCCAGAACAACAGCAAGGGACCUUGUGAAGAUACUGGAGGAAACAGGUACAAAAGUAUCUAUAUCCACAGUAAAACGAGUCCUAUAUCGACAUAACCUGAAAGGCCGCUCAGCAAGGAAGAUGCCACUGCUCCAAAACCGCCAUAAAAAAGCCAGACUACGGUUUACAACUGCACAUGGGGACAAAGAUCAUACUUUUUGGAGAAAUGUCCUCUGGUCUGAUGAAACAAAAAUAGAACUGUUUGGCAGCAUCAUGUUGUGGGGGUGCUUUGUUGCAGGAGGGACUGGUACACCUCAAAAAAUAGAUGGCAUCAUGAGGGGGGGAAAAUGAUGUGCAUAUAUUGAAGCAACAUCUCAGGACAUCAGUCAGGUAGUUAAAGCUUGGUCGCAAAUGGGUCUUCGAAAUGGACAAUAACCACAAGCAUACUUCCAAAGUAGUGGCAAAAUGGCUUAAGAACAACAAAGUCGGGCCUCCCGGGUGGCGCAGUGGUCUAGGGCACUGCAUCGAAGUGCUAACUGCGCCACCAGAGUCUCUGGGUUCGCGCCCAGGCUCUGUCGCAGCCGGCCGCGACCGGGAGGUCCGUGGGGCGACGCACAAUUGGCAUAGCGUCGUCCGGGGUAGGGAGGGUUUGGCCGGUAGGGAUAUCCUUGUCUCAUCGCGCUCCAGCGACUCCUGUGGCGGGCCGGGCGCAGUGCGCGCCAACCAAGGGGGCCAGGUACACGGUGUUUCCUCCGACACAGACACAUUGGUGCGGCUGGCUUCCGGGUUGGAGGCGCGCUGUGUUGAGAAGCAGUACGGCUGGUUGGGUUGUGCUUCGGAGGACGCAGGGCUUUCGACCUUCGUCUCUCCCGAGCCCGUACGGGAGUUGUAGCGAUGAGACAAGGUAGUAAUUACUAGCGAUUGGAUACCACGAAAAUUGGGGAGAAAAUGGGAUAAAAAAAAAAAAAAAAAAAAAGAACAACAAAGUCAAGGUAUUAGAAUGGCCAUCACAAAGCCCUGACCUCAAUCCUAUAGAAAAUGUGUGGUCAGAACUGAAAAAGCGUGUGCGAGCAAGGAGGCCUACAAACCUGACUCAGUUACACCAGCUCUGUCAGGAGGAAUGGGCCAAAAUUCACCCAAGUUAUUGUGGGAAGCUUGUGGAAGGCUACCCGAAACGUUUGACCCAAGUUAAACAAUUUAAAGGCAAUGCAACCAAAUACUAAUAUGUAAACUUCUGACCCACUGGCAAUGUGAUGAAAGAAAUAAAAGCUGAAAUAAAUCAAUCUUUCUACUAUUAUUCUGACAUUUCACAUUCUUAAAAUGAAGUGGCGAUCCUAACUGACCUAAGACAAGGAAGCUUUACUAGGAUUAAAUGUCCGGAAUUGUGAAAACCUGAUUUUAAAUGUAUUUGGCUAAGGUGUAUGUAAACAGCCGACUUCAACUGUAGUUUAACAUGAGAAGAUGGUAUCUAUGAGACAGUUCUUACUGUUUUAGACAGGAAGUAGUGUCUCAAAGUGGGAGUGAAGACCCGUUUGAGUCUGGGCUCUGUGGUGGUGGUCAUUUCCAUCUCUGCUAUGGUGUCGAGCUCCACGGUAGUUUCAGGGUCAUCAGUGGUUUCAUCAUUGGGAGAAACAUUGACAAUUCUAUUGCAUAGGAAUUGGGGAAAAACAGCUUGAGCCACAGGGAUUGAGUUAAGUAGGCUUUAUUGUCCUUUCCAAAUGCUCUUGCCGGAAAGUCUCUGGGUUUGUGACGGUUGCUUUCACAAUCGUAGUCUCAACUUCCUGAAUAAAAGUAUGAAACACUUGCCAUUUUCAAGAUUAAUGAGUGGGCCUAGUCAUAUUUAAUGAACUAAUCUGGUGAUCCCAUGCUAAUGGAGUGAGUCACACAGUGCUGAAUAGUUUUUGCUCCCUCAGAGUGAAGUGAUCUCUACAGUGCAUGUGGGAGGACAAAAAAUGUGACCGAGGCAGUCAGAAAGGCUACAUCCCACUAAAAGUAGUAGAAAAAAACUCUAAUAGAACUUGUUUUAUUGUCACAUACACCAGAUAGGUACAGUGAAAUGUGUUGUUUUACAUGGUCAACCUUAGUAGUAAGGCGCCCCUGGAGGAAAUUAGCGUUAACUGCCUUGCUCAAGGGCACCUCGACGGCUCAGGUAUUCGAACCAGUGACCUUUCGGUUACUGGCCCAAUGUUCUAACCGCUAGGCUACCUGCCACCUCUACACUGUUUGAAGUGGAUUUAAAAAAGUGACAUCAAUAAGGAAUCAAAGCUUUCACCUGGAUUCACCUAGUCAGUCUGUGUCAUGGAAAGAGCAGGCGUCCUUAAUGUUUUGUACACCCAGUGUAUAUACACUACAUGACCAAAAGUAUGUGGACACCUGCUCAUCGAACAUCUCAUUUCAAAAUCAUGGGCAUUAAUAAGGAGUUGGCCGCCCCUUUGCUGCUGUUACAGCCUCCAUUAUUCUGUUAAGGCUUUCCACUAGAUGUUGUAACAUUGCUAUGGGGACUUGCUUCCAUUCAGCCACAAGAGCAUUAGUUAGGUUGGACACUGAAGUUGGGCGAUUAGACCUGGCUCGCAUUUGGCGUUCCAAUUCAUCCCAAAGGUGUUCGAUGGAGUUGAGGUCAGGGUUCUGUGCAGGCCAGUCAAGUUUUUCCACACCAACCUCAGCAAACCAUUUCUGUUUGGACAUCGCUUUGUGCACAGGGCAUUGUCAUGUUGAAACAGGAAAGGGCCUUCCCCAAACUGUUGCCACAAAGUUGGAAGCACAGAAUCGUCUAGAAUGUAUGCUGUAGUGUUAAGAUUUUUCUUCACUGGAACUAAGGGGCCUAGCCCGAACCAUGAAAAACAGAAUGCACUAUGCAUUCGGGCAGGUAGCAUUCUCCUGGCAUCCGCCAAACCCAGAUUCGUCUGUCAAACUGCCAAAUGGUAAAGCGCGCUUCAUCACUCCAGAGAGCACGUUUCCACUGCUCCAGAGUCCAAUGAGGGAGAGCUUUACACCACUCCAGGCGACGCUUGGCAUUGCGCAUGGUGAUCUUAGGCUUGUGUGCGGCUGCUUGGCCAUGGAAACCCAUUUCAUGACGUUCCCGACGAACAGUUAUGUGCUGACGUGGCUUCCAGAGGCAGUUUGAAACUCGGUAGUGAGUGUUGCAACCGAGGACAGACGAUUUUUACACACUACACGCUUGACGAUCCCGUUCCAUGAGCUUGUGUGGCCUACCACUUCUCGGCUGUGCCAUUGUUGCUCCUAGACGUUUCCACUUCACAAUAACAGCACUUACAGUUGAGUGGGGCACUGACUUGUUGGAAAGGUGGCAUCCUAUGACUGUAACACGUUGAAAGUUGGAGGAUUCAAGCAUUGUUAAGGACAACCAACCCAAUCAACAAAACAAACCAAAACCAGGUUGGCCAAUAGGUAUCAAUGAUGGAACCAAACCAUCCCCUAGUAAGAGGGCGCAAGUGGGGGGAGGUUUACUGAUAUGGAUGUGGACUUGUUCAAAUCCAUCAAUGAAAGGCUUGCCAAACUUUAUAUCUUGGAUAUAUUACGAGAGGACAUCAAUGCAUUAUGUGCAAAUCUAGAAUUCAGCCAACGUCAGAUUGAUGAUCUAAGGAAAGAGAACAUGGAGCUGAAAGGUACUGUAGACUCUAUUCCUGGCAAGGUGGAGGUGGUGCAAAGGGAGAACAAACAACUUAAAGAAACCUUACUUGAUGUACAGUGUCCAUCAAUGCGGAACAAUCUAAUAUUUUCAGGGAUAACGGAGAAUGACAACAGCAGAGGCUGUGAGGACACAGUCCGAGACUUUAUGUCAACUAAACUAAAACUGCCCACCGAUGUUGUGCGUAAUGUCACUUUCUCCAGAGUCCAUAGAAUAGGUAAGUCCUCUGGAAAUAGGCCACGGGCUAUUAUUGCAUGUUUUGACAAAUUUAAGCAAAAGGAAAUGACGAAGAACAUGGGCAGAUAACUCAGAAACACUGAAACACACUGAAACACUGAGUUUUUCCUAGCCACCGUUCUUCUACACCUGCAUUGCUUGCUGUUUGGGGUUUUAGGCUGGGUUUCUGUACAGCACUUUGAGAUAUCAGCUGAUGUAAGAAGGGCUAUAUAAAUACAUUUGAUUUGAUUUGAUUUUGGAAUGAAUGAUCACUUCCCCACCGAGAUCAAUGAAAGGAGAAAAAAACGAUGUCCCAUCAUGAAAGAAAAGCGUUGCCUGAAUCAACGAGUCUCCAUGGUGAUGGAUAAACUUUAUAUCAACGGGCAAUUGUAUCGGGACUCUGGAGUAAGUCCCUGGCUAUUUUAAUUUAAUGUUCAAAUCUGAGUUUGUGUGUUGUAGUGUAUCAUGACAACUUCAACUAUAACGAAUACAUGCUCUAUUGAUCUUCACUUGAUAAGGAAAGGGUUGCAUAUAGCUCAGGUUAAUGUAUGUAGCCUUCCUAACAAAAUACAUGAGAUUUUUAACUUGGUCAACAUUAAUAAUAUUCAUAUUUUGGCUUUGACCAAAACACAUUUAGAUGCAUCUGUAAAUGAUGGGCAAAUUAUCAUUCAUGGAUAUAGUCUACUGAGAAGAGAUAGGAAUAGGAAUGGUGGGGGUGUAGCACUGUACAUUCAGAAUCAUAUACCUUUUAAGAGGAGGGAUGACCUUAAUGUAUGUCAAGUAGAGGCACUAUGGGCUCAGGUACAUCUGCCUCACCAGGCACCCAUAUUGGUAGGAUGUGUGUAUAGACCUCCUAGCUCUAAGGUGUCCUAUCUGGGUGACUUAUGUACUGGGUUUGACCAGGCCACAGAUAGUAACAGAGAUGUAUUUAUCUUGGGUGAUUUUAAUAUAUAUUGGAAGGAUCAUAAUAAUUUGAAUGUAACAACAUUGAUGAGAUAUGCCAAGAACUGUGGUUUGAAACAAGCAGUUAAUGAUACUACUAGAUCAUCAAUUAAGUUGGGUCAUCGUUCAGACACAUGCAUUGAUCUGAUCUUCUGUAAUAUACCAUUGCAAUGCUUAAAAGCCAGGUCAAUGCCAGUGGGCUGGACAGACCAUAAUAUUGUGACCAUAACCAUGAACACCAAGGUUCCAAAGAAACCCCCUAGGAUUGUGGUUAAGAGAAAUUUAAAAAAAAUUAAUCAUGAGCUAUUUCUAAAUGAUUUGGCUGCUGUACUCUGGGAGCUGAUUUAUCUAAAGGAUGAUUUAAAUCACGCUACAGAAUGUUUUAUUGAUUUGCUCACUGAGGUAAUGGACCAUCAUGCCCCUAUAAGAAAGAGUACAGUUGGUGCUCGUCCAUCUCCAUGGAUUGAUGAUGAACUGGGUGAGGCUUUUUCUCAAAGAAAUAUGGCAAAAGUCUUAGCAGCCAAGUCAAAAUUAGAAAUUAAUCAACAGAAUUAUAGAACAUUACAUAAUUAUGCAGUUAAAUUGAAUCGAAAAAAAAGUUAUUUUACAACAAUGCUUUUAUUGAUUCUAAAAAUGAUUCUAAAAAGGUAUGGAACACAGUUAAGGGCUUACUUGGUACAUCUAUCUCAUCAUGCCCAUCUAGUGUAGAGGUUGACGGGAGAAUAAUAACAAAAUGAGUUGAUAUUGCCAAUCAUUUUGCUGAUUUUUUUUACAAAGAAAAUUAAUUUACAGAACAACAAUGUAAACAUACAUUCUUCCAAACAAGCUAUUGUCCAAUGGAUUGAUGAUCAUAUUAUGAGCAACAAGAUCUGCUCUUUUAGUCUGCAAACGGUGUCAGUGGAGGAGGUGUUAAACCUAUUGAAGUCAUUACCUGAUGGUAAAUCUACAGGUUAUGGUCUUAUGGACAAUUUUUUGCUUCGCUGUGCUGCUCCCCAGAUUGCAGUUCCAAUGAGAUACAUAUUUAAUCGGUCACUGGAAAAGGGGAUGGUCAAUAGUCGACCAAUUUGUCUACUCCCUACACUCAGUAAGAUAUUGGAGGGUAUUGUGAGUUGACAAAUAUGGGAAUAAAUGGAAAAGAAUGAUCUGAUUAUAGCCAAUCAGCAUGCUUAUUGCAAAAACCAUUCCACUACCACUGCAUUGGUUGACAUGAUUGACCAGUGGCUCAAUGCUAUGCAUAAUUGCAAGUUUGUGGGUGUACUAUUUUUAGAUUUCAGUGCAGCAUUUGAUUUAGUGGAUCAUUAAAUAACUUUGACAAAAUUAAUGCAUUAUGGUUUUAAGGAGGUAGCAUUGAAUUGGGUACAGUCAUAUCUAACUGACAGGAAACAGUCCACCAAUAUCAAUGGUUCAUGUUCUUCCCCUCAUGUGUUAAACUGUGGAAUACCGCAGGGCAGCUGCCUUGGGCCACUUCUAUAUUUAAUAUAUACCAACGACCUUCCCUAUGCCUUAGUUGAAACUCAAGCAACUAUAUUUGCAGAUGAUACUACAAUUUAUGCAGCAAGACAAUCAGUUCAACAGGUACAGCAGGCUUUACAAGGAGAUUUUGAGAAUAUCAGGGAGUGGGUUUGCCAAAACAAACUUGUUUUAAACACCAAGAAAACCAAAGUUAUGUUGGUCUGUUCAACUAGGAAAAGGCCAAAACAGUAUGGGAUAUAAUUAAGUAUGGGAGGAGUACAAAUUGAAGAAGUGGCAGAAGCCAAACUAUUGGGAGUGCAGCUAGACAACUGCUUAUCAUGGUCGUCUCAAAUAACUAAUCUAUGUAAAAAAUAAAAUAAAAACAGCAUGCAUAAUCAGAAGGAUAGCUAAAUAUUUACCAGGAAAAAAUAUUCAGCAAAUAACACAAGCAUUAAUUGAGAGUCAGGUGAACUACUGUUCUGUGGUCUGGGGAAAUGCAUCAUCAAGUGAAGUUAGGAGGCUGCAGAAUGCACAGAACAAAGCAGCAAGGAUUGUUUUUGGUUGGUCAUCAAUCGAUAAGAUAAUUGAAAGGAACAUGCUUAUUUUAUUUCAUAAUGUACAUCGUUUAAAACGGCCAAGUUAUAUUCACAACGGUAUUCAGUUGGUAAGAGACAGACAUUCAGUAAAUACUAGGAAUAGAUUGUCCACCAUCUAUGUGUUAUCCAGACAGAAAAGAGAAAUAGGAAAAAAGAACAUUUCGAUUUAGAGCAAUAAAGAAAUGGAAUAAAUUAACUGAGCAAACCAGAAACCUUUCAAUAAAUAAAUGUAAUUUUUUUUAAAAAAACGAUUUAAAUAUAAUACAUAGAAAUGUUGUGGGACUAUAGUAGAUGAAGAAUCAAUAUUUUUUUAGAUUGAGUAUUUAUUGGGUCAUUAUGUUAGUAUAUUAUGUAUGUUUGUAAUAGUGUGUUAUAUGUGGAAAUGUGUUCGUAUUAUAAAUUGUAUUCUAAUGUUUAAGGACUCUUGGAAGAUUAGUCCAAAUGGGGACUAAAAGAGAUCAAAAAAUGAAAUCUAAAAUAAAAUCAAAGUCACUGAGCUCUUCAGUAAGGCCAUUCUACUGCCAAUGUUUGGCUAUGGAGAUUGCAUGGCUGUGUGCUCUAUUUUAUACACCUGUCAGCAAUGGGUGUGGCUGAAAUAGCCGAAUCUACUAAUUUAAAGGGGUGUCCACAUAAUUCUGUAUAUAUAGUGUAGUUAACUAUAUAGGGAAUAGGGUGCCAUUUGGGACGCAGACAAUGCGAGUGGUCAUGUGCUAUUUCCAUCUGAGCAGACAGGUGUGCUGCUCUGUGCACUGAGAGGAUGACGCUGAGCAGAGGGCCUGAUGAAUACGCCAGCUAAUAGGAAGUGACAACACACUAGGUCCAACUACAGGGACACAUCAGAUGAUUCUGCAUUCAUGUUUCUGUAACUGUAACACUAGACAAAUCAUGGAGUAUAUUAAGGGUUCUCUGUUAAUUGAUUAUCCAGUAAGGUUCUUUCUAUCCCACACAAUGUCUAAUGAUUUAUUUUCAAAGACAUGUCAACUCUAACGACCGGCUGAUCAAAUUAAUCUAUUCGUUUGAACUAAAAAUAAAUACAUGUUUUUGGCCAAAGGCUUAAGAUAGACUGGCUGAACCAAGUAACUGUCUCCCUGGUAAAAAGGCCUUAGGUCCACUCCAGGUGGUUCAAAUAAAAUUCAGAAAACUGGACUGCUAUUGCAUUGUGAAGGCCAAUACUUAUUAGUAAAAGAUUUAGUGUAAAACCAGAAGCAUCAAUUUUGAAACAAAGGACAAAGAAUCGAUUUUCAACUUGAACAAUUCAGUUCAUAGUUUUUAUGUGGUUGAAACUGAAACCCCAGUGAAUUGUUUUCUAAUUAUUAAAGUUAAACAAUCCAUAGAGUAGGGGUCAAAUCCACAUUAUGCCUCUGCUUACCUUUUCCACUGGUCUUCCACCAAGGUGAUCUUCUGAGCGACCACCUACUCUUCCUGUCUUUCCAGCGGGAGCACCUGCAUUCGGUCUCAUGGAAGAUAGCUUGGAAUGCCCAAAAGUGCAGAACAUGGGUCAAAGAUCUAUCAAAAUGAAUCAUAACUUCAACCUCAAGAGGUCCACACCAUAGGAGGCUGGUGGGAGGAUGGAUUGGUAACAAAACACAUCAAACAUAUGGAAACAACGUUUGACUCCGUUCCAUUAAAUCCAUUCCAGCUAUUACAAUGAGCCCAUCCUCCUAUAACUCCUCCCACUAGAGUCCUCUGGCCCACACUUAGCCUUUUUUCUCUUGCCCUCGACUUAAGUGGUUUACCACUGUUACAUCGAGGUCCUGUACACAUUGAAACACUAUGUGAAAGAGUGAUACAAGAACCAUCCACAAGCCACAAGAUUUUACACUGUCAUAUAGGGUACAUAUAAAAUAAUUUAAUCUUUAAAUGUGGAUUUUCAGUGAGAAAGUGUCAUCAUAAUUUCCAUCAUAACUAAUAUCAGAGUGAGACGGGAAUGAAGACUCGUCGAUGACAGAUAAUCGAAUGAGAAAUCAAUAGAAACAAAACCCAAAUGAAUAAAGUAUGAGGUCAUAUAAAAAUAACUGGGAUAUGACUAUACUGGUAGUAGCCUAUCGUUUGCUCUUGUGUUGGGUGACGUUGGCUCCCCUGUGGUUGAAGUUGGCCAGCAUAGAUCUCUGCUCAUCAGUCCGGCAUGGAUUGGACUUGCUGUCGUGGACCAGUAUAUCACACAUCAGUUGCAAUUGUCGCCGCUGUGAGGGUAUACAGUGCAUUCUGAAAAUAUUCAGACCACUUCACUUUUUCCUAAUUUUGUUAAAUUACAGCCUUAUUCUAAAAUGUAUUAAAAAAUUUAAAGAAUCUCAUCAAUCUACACACAAUACCCCAUAAUGACAAAGCGAAAACAGGUUUUUAGAAAUGUUUGCACAUUUAUGAAUAAUACAAAACAGAAAUACCAUAUUUACAUAAGUAUUCUGACCCUUUGCUAUGAGACUCGAAAUUGAGCUCAGGUGCAUCCUGUUUCCAUUGAUCAUCCUUGAGAUGUUUCUACAACUUGAUUGGAGUUCACCUGUGGCAAAUUCAAUUGGUUGGACAUGAUUUGGAAAGGCACACACCUGUCUAUAUAAGGUCCCAGAGUUGACAGUCAAUGUCAGAGCAAAAACCAAGCCACGAGGUCGAAGGAAAUGUCUGUAGAGCUCCAAGACAGGAUUGUCGAGGCACAGGUCUGGGAAAGGUUACCAAAAAAUGUCUGCAGAAUUGAAGGUCCCCAAGAACACAGUGGCCUCCAUCAUUCUUAAAUGGAAGAAGUUUGGAAGCACCAAGACUCUUCCUAGAGCUGGCCACCCGGCCAAACUGAGCAAUUGGGGGAGAAGGGCCUUGGUCAGGGAGGUGACCAAGAACCCGAUGGUUACUCUGACAGAGCUCCAGAGUUCCUCUAUGGAGAUGGGAGAACUUUCCAGAAGGACAAACAUCUCUGCAGCACUCCACCAAUUAGGCCUUUAUGGUUGAGUUUUCAAAUGGAAGCCACUCCUCAGUAAAAGGCACAUGACAGCCCGCUUGGAGAUUGCCAAAAGUCACCUAAAGGACUUUCAGACCUGGAAAACAAGAUUCUCUGGCCUGAAUGCCAAGUGUUACGUCUGGAGGUAACCUGCCACCAUCCCUACGGUGAAGCAUGGUGCUGGCAGCAUCAUGAGGUGUGGAUGUUUUUCAGAGGCAGGGGCUUGGAGACUAGUCAGGAUUGAGGGAAAGAUGAAUGGGGCAAAGUACAGAGAGAUCCUUGAUGAAAACCUGCUCCAAAACACUCAGGACCUCAGACUGGGGCGAAGGUUCACCUUCCAACAGAACAUAGCCAGAGCCAGACUUGAACCCGAUCAAACAUAUCUGAUGAUACCUGAAAAUAGCUGUGCAGCGACGCUCCCCAUCCAACCUGACAGAUCUUGUGAGGAUCUGCAGAGAAGAAUGAGAGAAUCUCCCCAAAUACAUUUGUACCAGGCUUGUAGCGUCAUACCCAAGAAGACUUGAGGCUGUAAUCACUGACAAAGGUGCUUCAACAAAGUACUGAGUAAAGGGUCUGAAUCCUUAUGUAAAUGUGAUAUUUGCUUUAUCAUUAUAGGGUAUUGUGUGUAGAUUGAUGAGGAAAAAAACGAUUUAAUACAUUUUAAAAUAAGGCUGUCAGUUAACAAUUUGGGAAAAGUAAAGGGGUCUGAAUACCUUCCGAAUGUACUGUAUGACAUUUAAAGUAAGAGUUUAUUCCAUCAUCUUACAGACUGCAGAAAGUACAACAUUAACCAAAUAAACCAUGCAUUUAUUGAUCAACAAACUGUCACUAGCUUCAGUUUAUGAGAAGCAUGUUGGGAAGUUUGAGAUGAUGGUGCUAAUAACAAUCGGACACGUACCAUGAUAAUGUGGCAGUCAUUCUUGACCUCAAAGUCUAAAUCAUGAGCUCCAAUAGGACAGCCUAACAAAGUUAAAAAGGGAUCCAUACCAAGUGCUGAAAGUAUGCUUCGGCCUUAUAGCGCUUCUUAAUCUCCACAUUGACCUGGUUGCGACAUUUUUUCAGUUUAACCUCCAGGGCAGCCUGGGCUAUGUCUGACUUCACCAGCAGCUCCUUGUGUCUCUUCAGCUCCAGCUCUGCAUGUAGCCAGUUCUUCUUGGUGGCAUCAUAGUUUUUCACUACUUCAAUAAAUUCUGGCAUGAAGAAAAUACCAAAGUGACAUGGCUUGUGUUAGACAUCAUUCUAUGUUCCAAAUGUCUAUGAGAGAACAAAAAAAGAGAAUAUGCCAUGACAUGAAAUGUGUACAUGCGAAUUGCAAGAUUUGGCCAUAACAUCUCACAACCAUUCACACAUGAACAUGUCUUUUAGUUUGACGCAUUAGAAUGGAAUACGUCUUGAAAUGUGUCUCAAGUGACAACAUGUCUGUGUACCAUUCGACAUUUUGUCUUGUCACAUCUUUUUAGGGGCUGUAAUGUUCUGAACUGAACAAAAGCAAAAUGGCAUAGUGGAGUAGUGUGCCAACAUUUAAAUCCUGUAGCCUACACACAAAAUGUAUUUGACUGGGCAUUCACUUAUUUACAAGUCCCAGGAUAAUGUUGCAUUCGUAUCCAAGUGGGAGGUGGGAAUUUACCAGUAGUGAAGUCGUAAAUAAUGCUUUUAUAUAUUCAAGUGCUUUGAACUCAUUGGGAAACACCGAUUGGCCAACAAGCUGCGUAAACCAUCAACUAAAAGUACAGCUAUCAUGGUUGUAAACAAAUGAUUGUUAUUGUCUAAACAUUAGGGGUUCAACAAGGGUCCUUCUAAGAUCCUCAAAGUUCUUUGAAGAAGCUUAGGGUUCUUAGUACUGAAAAUUGCCCCCAAAAGGUUUUUCCAGGAACCUCAUAGGAGGUGGGGUUCAUCGAGGAACCUCCUUAGUUGGUGGGGGUUCUUGCAGGAACCUAACUGCCCAACUGAAACAUUUAGAUUUGAAUUUGAAAGGACAGCAGGUGCAGGCACUUAACUGAACAAUGUAAAGAUCUCCUCAAUUUAAGGUAAGGUGUGUCCCUUGUAUGAUCUACAUUUAUAUUGUUUUACGAUGAUACCAUCUAUCUUUUCAUACUUGUGCAAAUAUUUCUAAAGCAGAAAAUGGACACAAUUCAAUGGAUAUCAAUCAACAAAUAGGUAAGAAUAUGUAGGCUAUAAGAAUAUGUUGAAGGCUAGCUGUAUUGGGUGCAGAUGACUGAACUGCUCACUUUUGUGUCUGUGUCUGCAGGUAUACAGACGAGGAGGUAUACAAAGGUAUGUCAAUUGGUAUUGGUAUGUUGUGCAGAGCACAUUUACCAUCCUCCUCCCUUACUGAAGCUAUUCAAUUAAUAUCCCAUAGGCCUCUACAUUAUGGACAAGGAAACCUGUUCGAUCACCAUGCACUGCAAAAACAUUCUGGCUACGGAUAAGGAGAACAUCAACACAUUAAUAUCAAUACCUCAGAGGAUAUAUUGGACAUGGGGCUCUGCUGGGAGUUUACCUCAUAUAUAUCUUUUUUUCUUCUGCUUUGCCACUAAAAUCAUAAUAAACACUGACAACUAAAGUAUU